GUCAAAUCUGAAGGUAUUUUGUGUGCCGGGGAAGUGAAAAGAAUAAUGUUUGCGAGAGAAAACAGAAAACGAAGGGAAAUGAGACGUCCGCUAACUAAUCACAUAGAAUUCACUUUCAUGAAAUAAAGAAAGCACUAUACGACAAUCCAUUUCGGGAUAAGCAUAGCAUCAAGACAGUCUGGUAGUCAAACUAGAAGUUGAUAAAGCAAGAUUUCGAAUAUUCUACAAUAGUUAUCAAGGUCAUAAAUGAUGAACCAGAUACCGGUCAUUUGAAACUGACCAAUCGUAAUGAGCCCUCAUUCGGAUGAUGAUGAUUUUCCUGCUAAAGAAGAGGAUGAAGUGUCCAUUCCUCGCGCUUCGCUUAAUAAGUUUGUCAAGGAGGUACUACCAGAUGCACGGUUAACUACAGAAACACGUGAUCUUCUCCUAAAUUGCUGUCAUUGUUUUAUUCACAAAUUGGCUACGGAAGCUAAUAUCGCAUGUUCUAAAGCUAAUAAAAAGACUAUAAGUCCACAGCAUAUACUUGAGGGUCUGGAUGCCAUGAACUUAUCUUCCUAUAAAGAACAUGCUGAAGUGGCUUGUCAGGAAGCUAAAGAAGAAAUCAAAGGUCGAAAAAUGCUUAGUGCUAGUUAUCGGUUUAAACACCAAGACAGCGAAGAGUUGGAAAGACUAGCUAAAGAACAACAAGAAAUUUUCGAACAGGCUAGGGCUGAUUUCAUUGGGGAACGGUUAGACAGAGAAGACUUGUUGGCAGCUUCAAAUUGUGCUGCAUCAGACCUUAGUAACUACAUGAUCGGACAUGGAUUAUCACAGUCUUGUAAUUAUCCAAAUGUUAACUCUGGAGAUAUUAAUUCAGCAACCGAGUCAUCUACUUUACCUACAGCUACUGGAUCCGGACGAAUUUUAGGCUCUUCAGUCAUUGGAGAUGAUGAUAAUUAUGACGAGUAACUAUCCUACUGAUAUGUUUUCACCGUGUCUGUAAAUUAAAGUGAUAACAUUACUUAAUGUAUAGAUUACUGUUAUAACAUAUUUUGUUUUAUGCGAAUUGGAAUGCUGGUUAAGUUGUCAACUUGUAUUAAACAGGGUUAAAAACCGACUUCAUAGAUCAGUGUACUGAUAUUUUUAUAAACAUACGAAAUUAAACUACUUGACUCAGUUACAGAUUUAAUUUCGAGGCAACCAACUCCGCCUGUUACUCUUCUACGACUGCUGUUGGUCACAAGCUCACAAAAAGGAGCAGGGUUUGGCGUGGCGUCAGCUUACCUAACCCGUAGAAAACAACCUUGCUAAACAAACGCUAACCAAAACAAACAAAUUAAACCAUUUAAAGUCUGCCCUGGGAGUUGAAGGAAAAAUGAUGAAUACCGAAAUUCUUCGGAAGUAACGAAGCUGAUGCCCCUUCUAACAACCAGAGCAACAACUUAUAUGGGUACAUGAAAUGUUCGGACAAUGUGGGAGAUCGGGAAGACAAACCAAAUAACUGCGGAAAUAAUGAGAUACAACUUGACAAUGUUCGGAAUCAGUGAAACUCAUUGAACCCAAUCUGGACAGAAUAGGAUAUAUUCGGGAGAGAUAUUGCUGUACUCUGAUCACGAAGAAGAGAAUGCUCCACACAACUAGAGAGUCGCUCUGAUGCUGUCCGAAGAACCACGGAAAGUCCAUAUAGGAUGGGAAUGUCAUGGACCCAGGAUAAUCAAAGCAUCUUUCAAAACAAAAAAGGGAAUCACAAUGAAUGUUAUCCAAUGUUAUGCGCCCACCAAUGACAGCAACGAAGAUGAUAAAGAUCAGUAUUAUGAGAGGUUGCAGUCAUCAUAGAGAAGUGCUAAGGAAAGCAAUUGACCAUCAUGAUGAAAGAACUAACCGGCCGUUGGAAUGGGCAACAAACGGUAUGAAGAUAUCAUGGGACGAUAUGGACUGACUAGGAGAAAGGAACGAGAAUGGUGAGAGAUUUGCAAAUCUAUGUGCAUUCUUGAAAUAGUUAUAGGCAGCACAGUAUUCCCACACAAACGCAUACAACAAACUAUAUGGGUCUCACCGGAUCAUAAUACACAGAACCAGAUAGAUCAUAUUUGUGUCAAUAAAUAAUUCAGGAGGUCAAUGGAAGACUUGAGAACCAGGAAAGGAGCUGACGUUGCUUCAGAACACCACUAGCUAGUGAUUGCCAAGGUGAAAUCGAAGCUGAAAAAAAUACUGGGCAUCUGGGGAGACGGCAGUACAAAGGUUCAACAAAGCCUUUCUUCGACAUGUUGACAAACUCAACCAAUUCAAGAUAGCUCUCAACAACAGGUCCCAGCACUACAAAAUCUCACAAAGGAAGAAACUAUGAUGGAAGACAAGUAGAAAGGGAUCAAAGAAGCACUACCUUCAGCGUAUCGGGAGGUGCUGGACCACAACAAGCAUCAUCGUAAGGAAGGGAUUUCAAUAGAAGCACAGGACAAGAUUCAAGAAAGGAAUAACAAGAAGACAGCAAUUAACAGCAGUCAAAAAGGGACACAGAAAGAGAUAGUCAGGGCACAAGCUGAAUACACAGAAACAAACAAACAAGUAAAGAAGAGCGUUAGAGCUGAGAAGCAGAAGUACGUGGAAGAGCUAGCAGCGACAGCGGAAAAAGCUGCAGGACAAGGAAAUGUGAGACAACUAUAUGACACAACGAAAAAAAUGGAAAGGAAAUAUUGUAGGCCAGAGUGAGCGGUCAAGGACAAAGAAGACAAGCCAGUCACUGAGAUUCAAGAACAGAGGAAGGAUGGGUAGAACAUUUCAAGGAACUCUUGAAUAGUCCAGCUCCACUGAGUCAAACGGACAUCGAAGCAACACACACACACACACACCUUACUAUAGAUGUCACUCCACCAACGACGGGAGAAAUCAGGAUGGCUAUCAGACAAGUCAAGAGUGGGAAAGCGGUAGGAUCUGACAAUACAACAGCCGAAGCACUGAAGUCACAUAUAGAAACAACUGCAAACAUGCUUCAUAUGCUAUUCAGGAAGAUUUUGAACUAGGAACAAUGCCACCGACAGACUGGAAAGAAAAGUAACUCAUCGAGAUACCAAAGAAAGAUCUGAGGAAGUGUGAGAAUUACAAAGACCUCACACUACUGUCGGUACCAGAAGAAGUUUCAACGGUGCUGCUGAGUCGGAUGAAAGAUUUAAUAAACGUCCAGCUUCGAGAUCAACAGAUUGGAUUCCGUAAGGAUCGGUCGUACACAGACCAAAUCACCAUACUACGGAUCGUCGUUGAACAAUUAACUGAAUGGAACUCGUCACUAUACAUCAAUUUCCUUGGUUAUGAGGUGUUUGACAGCGUGAAUAGGAGGAUCUUACGAAACCUUCUUCGACACUAUGGUGUACCUGAGAUCUAUAUAUAUCAUACGGGAUUCAUACGACGGACUACACUGCGAAGUUGUGGAUGGAGGACAGCUGACAGACGUAUUCCAAGUGAGAACUGGGAUAAGAAACGACUAAUUACUCUCUCCCUUUCUGUUUCUUCUGGUAGUUGACGGAAUUAUAAGGACCUCGAGAUCUGAGUGGAAGCACGGAAUACAAUGAACAGCUUGGAAUCAAUCAGAAGAUUUGACCUUUCUAUCACAUACACACACACAAAUGCAUACACAACACGGAGAACACCAACCCAGUCAAACUUGUUGGAGAAACUCUGGAAGUGGUGGGAACUUUCACGUACCUUGACAGCAUUACCGAUAAACAAGGAGGAUCAGAUGCAGACGUAAAUGCAAGGAUUGGCGAAGUUAGGGCAGCAUUCCUACAAUUGAAGAACAUAUGAAACUCAACUGUUAACGAAUAUCAAAUUCAGAAUCUUCAAUACGAACGUCGAGACAGUUCUACUGUAUGAAGCUGGAACUUGGAGAACCACUACAACCAUAAUCAAACAUGUAUAAGUAUUUAUAAAAAAAUUUCUACGUUAGACACUCAAUGUCCGUUGGUCGGAUACCACCAACAACAACCUAUUGUGGCAGAGAACAAGCCAGAUUUCAGCUGGAGGAAAUU